UGAUUCUGGAAACGCUGUUCCUAGGGACAAAGGACACUGCCUUAGAGUGAGUCAGGUCGUCAAUUCACUUAGUUCAGUACUGUCUGCUCUGACUGGCAGUGCCUGGUCAGGAUGUCUUUCCAAGCCCUGCCUGGAAAUACCAAGAAUUGAACCUGGAACCCUCUCCAUGCCAACAAUGUGUUCUGCCACUGAGCUGCAGUGAUUGCAUUGUCCAGAUUUGCCUUGUUGAUUCAGCAAGCGGCGGGGAGCCCAGAGUGGCUGGAUCCAGUGUGCGGCAGGUCGACAUUGAGAUGUGCUCCAGCAGCAAAGGGCACUGCCCACAGUGAAGAGGUGCCUGGCGAACGAUGGCCAAGCGGCUUCUGGUGGCUAUUGCCCUCUGGGCCCUGGGAGGCCCUGCUGGGCUCCAUCAUCUCUACCUGGGCCGGGAUAACCAUGCCCUAUUGUGGAUGCUGACUUUGGGGGGUUUUGGGAUGGGGUGGCUCUGGGAGCUGUGGCUGCUGCCGGGUUGGGUGACGCAGGCCAACCGCACCUUGGAACUGCCCAGAGAUGGACCUCCACCUUUCAGCCCUGUGCGCUUCCUUGGCCAAGCCUCAGUAGGCAUCUACUUUGGUUUGGUGGCCCUGAUGGGUCUCUCAGCCCUCCCGGGUUUUUACUUCCUGGCUCUCCCCCUGGCGGUGGGACUCGGAGUACACUUGGUGUCCGCAGUGGGUGACCAAUCCUCUGAUCUUCAAGCUACUUUGAAGGCGGCCUUCCUAACUGCACCAAUCUUCUAUGGUCGCCCUGUGGCUAUCUUCCCCAUCACUCUCACAACUAGUGUUACAGCCCAGCGGCACCGGUGCUAUAAAUCCAGCAGGGGCACCAGGGAGAAGCUUGGUGCCCGACUGUACCGACUGGGUCUAGCCUACCUUGCCUUUACUACACCUUUGGCAUACUGUGUCUUCUACAACACAGCAGCCACUGCCAGCUACGUAGCUGGCACUAUUAGAUCCACGCUGGAUUGGCUCAGUGUGUUCCCAUCCCUGAGCAGUGCGCUGGAAUCAGUGCUUCUCUUGCCCUACCAUGCUUGGAAGAUGCUGGGCUUCGGCGGUGGCUCCUUCCAGGAGUGGGAGCAAGUUUUUGCCUUCAUGCACUCGGUCCAGAACGAGAGGCAGCGGAUGGCAUUCAAGGUCUUAGGAAUCCACGACGAUGCCACACCUGAAGAAAUCCACAAAAGCUACCGGGAGCUGGUGAAGCUUUGGCAUCCAGAUCACAAUCGGCACCGGGCGGAAGAGGCGGAGAGACGCUUUAUUGAGGUGCAAGCUGCCUACGAGCUCCUCACACAGAUGAGGAAGCCAAAGCCGGCAUGACGGACUCUGACUGCCUCCAUAAAACCCUAACGUUUACGUUGCUGGGGGGAAUAAAAGCAUCACACCUAGAAGCCAUGGUUCUCAAAAGGGCUUCUCAGCAGGCUCAGGGCAGCCCUACAUUGGUCCAGAAGAUGGAGGACACAAAUUGUAUAGUAUGCCCUUCCACUUGGUCAUCUGUUGACUUGGUGGUGCCAAGUCUUCCUCCUCCCUGUUUUUCCUCCCUCCCCUUCAAAUUCUCUGGGUCUGUUUUCCAGAGACUUUGCAGCACUCUAUGGACUGGCAGGAUAUCCCUUUUCUUUUUAUGUUGCCUAUCUUUUGACAUAGGAAGAGAAGCAGUGCUUUCAAGUUUUGCUUUUCUGCCCUAGAAAUAUUUGUAUUGAAGGGAGGAUACAUUUAUUAAACAAACAAAAUGUUUGUUAAUAAUAUUUGGGAGGUUUUUUUGGGGGGGGCAGGAACCACU